AGCUGGAGUGCGCACUGGAGCUUGUCAUUGGUAUUUGAUGAACAAUUGACGCUGCUAACUUGGAGAGUGCAUCUUUCUUUUGUUGCCAAUGGGGUGCAGUGCGGUUAAGUUGUCACGCAGGGAAAGUUGCCACUUGCGUCAAAGGACUACAGGACUGAGGGUGCGCGUGCGCGCGCCUGCACUCCGACGGCAGAGAGGCGCACGCAAUUUGCCGUUUUUGCACCCCAGCGGCUGAUGCUGUUGUCGGGCUGGUUGCGCACUGGUCUCUCGUGUUGGAGGUGGGGCGGGGGUGGGGGCGCGGGGCAGCCAACUUGCGCCGACAACAACAACAACAACAACAAGUAUUGAGCGCUUGACAGAAAUCAGCGAUCGAUCUGCGAAGCCAUGGCAGCCAUCCGCAGGAAAUUGGGCGAGGACUACCAGGUGGUGAACACCAGCCGGGGCAGGACUUUCUGCGCGCCCACCAGGAGGAAACGGCAGCGCUUCGUGGAGAAGAACGGCCGCUGCAACGUGCAGCACGGCAACCUGGGCGGCGAGACCAGCCGCUACAUCUCGGACCUGUUCACCACGCUGGUGGACCUCAAGUGGCGCUGGAACCUGCUCAUCUUCAUCCUCACCUACACGGUGGCCUGGCUGGUGAUGGCGUCCAUGUGGUGGCUCAUCGCCUACAUCCGCGGCGACCUGAGCCGCGGCGGCCACGACGCGUCGUCCUACACGCCGUGCGUGGCCAACGUGUACAACUUCCCCUCCGCCUUCCUCUUCUUCAUCGAGACCGAGGCCACCAUCGGCUACGGCCACCGCUACAUCACCGAGAAGUGCCCCGAGGGCAUCAUCCUCUUCCUCUUCCAGUCGCUGCUGGGCUCCAUCGUGGACGCCUUCCUCAUCGGCUGCAUGUUCAUCAAGAUGUCGCAGCCCAAGAAGCGCGCCGAGACGCUCAUGUUCAGCCAGGACGCCGUCGUCUCGCAGCGGGACGGCAAGCUGUGCCUCAUGUUCAGGGUGGGCAACCUGAGGAACAGCCACAUGGUCUCCGCGCAGAUCAGGUGCAAGCUCAUCAAGUCUCGUCAGACCCCCGAAGGCGAGUUCCUGCCUCUGGAUCAGUGCGAGCUGGACGUGGGCUUCGGCACGGGUGCGGACCAGCUCUUUCUGGUGUCGCCGCUCACCAUCUGCCACGAGAUCAACAGCAAGAGCCCGUUCUUCGACCUGUCCCAACGCUCGCUCAUGAACGAGCAGUUCGAGAUCGUCGUCAUCCUUGAAGGCAUCGUGGAAACAACUGGUAUGACAUGUCAGGCUCGGACGUCUUACACGGAAGAUGAAGUCUUGUGGGGCCAUCGGUUCCUGCCUGUCAUGUCCCUGGAGGAGGGCUUCUUCAGGGUGGACUACUCUCAGUUUCACAACACCUUCGAGGUGCCCACACCUCCUUACAGCGUCAAAGAGCAGGAGGAGAAGUCAUCGCUGACGUCGCCCAACCCUCUCCCGGUGGCCCUCAUGCCCUCCUCCUCGCCGGUGGGUAACUGCGGCCGAGGGGGCCGCAGGGGAAGGCUCCUCUCGGCCGACAACGUGGAGCCCGCGGAGGACCAGGCCACCAGGCUGCCCAGCAAACUGCAGCGCAUGAGCUCCACCAGAGAGGAGCAACUGUGGAGAGGGAUGAAGACGGCAGUGCCCUUGCCCGGCGGGAAAGCCUCGAGCAUGGGCGACCUGCCGCUAAGCGUCCAGAGGCUCAGGUCCGGCUCCAUCCCCGCCGCUCGCCAAGGAGGGCGGCCGGAGGAGCAGGUCCAGCUCUUGUUCUUGGACGGGGACGCCGAGCAGGCCGAGCUGGAGAGGCACAUAGCGCCGGCGGCCAUUAACACCAUCACGGCCGCCGGCGCGCGGCCGGAGGACAAUUUGCCCCCCAAACUGCGCAGAAUGAACGCAGACCGUUAAUUCAGUAAAUUACAAACUUUUUCAGAGCAUCCAGAAAGUAUUCACGUCGCUUCACUUUUUCCACAUUUCAUCAUGUUACAGCCUUAUUUUGAAAUGGAUUCAUUUUACAUUCAUUUGUUCCUCACAAAUCUACGCACACUUUUGAGAUUUUUGUAAAACAACUAAGAAAUCACAUGUACGUACAGUAAGUAAACCUUUUCACCGUGGCGUCAGGCGCAGUUCUGGGUGGCAACUACUCCAGUGGCACCACCAGUAUGCAAACCUUUACGUGUCAUUUGACCAAGGAAUUGAGAAAACAGGGUAAAUGGCUUGAAUGAUAACUUUACCGCCGUAGGUUUGUAUGUGUAACGUGCCAGUCGAAAAGAUGUUUCGUCAGGUAAAUUGCUUGGAAGGGAGACAGAACGCCAGCUGUAAUUUACAUUAAAGGGUAAGUUGAUAAAAGAAAUAAAUAUAAUAAAUAAAUCGAUGCGGUGGAAAUUGAGACAUAGUUAAGAUGAUCAAUUGACUUUUCUGUUGCUUGGAUUAAUGGCACAGACGUGCUCUUUUGAUGGUGAAAUGGAUUGAUACGAUGGAGGUUCGGUUUCCAGUCUGUCCCUAUAACGUGUCUACUACGCCAUUAGGCAGUCUUGCGAUCUUCUCUGUCCGACAUUUUAUGACAUUCACUCACAUUCCCCGUCGGGAAAAAAAAAAAAAAAAAAAAAAAAAACGCUCAACCUUUUCGGGGUAUAACUGGCCCAACACCAAUUUUUUGUCAUCGAUUUCAGUUCAGGUCAGCGGUGGUAAUUCGCUUUCUGCCGCCCAGAGGUACCCUGGCACCUAUUAUUUACUAAAUAUUAUAAAAAGGUCGAUUCACAGUCUUUAUCCUGAAGCUCCAAAUUGGACUCGUGCAUCCUGCUUCCAUUGGUGAUGUUUCUAAAGCUUAAAUGGAGGCAACCUGUGGUAAACGCAGUUAAUUGGACUCAAUUUGAAAAAGCACACAGUGUUUGCCAGAGUACAAACCGAGCAUGAAUUGUCUCGAAGCACAGAUAUGAGAAAUUGUACAGAAAAAACAAUUCAGCUGCUUUGAAUGUCCCACGGUAACAUAACAAGAUGUGGAAAAAAAAGUGAAGCGUUGUGUACACUCUGCGGUUGCACUGCAUGGGCAUUGCAGACAAUAAAUAACUGUGAUAUUAGUUGUAAAUUUACCUGCAGGUUUUAUUUGCCAUCUACCCUUAGAGAGACAAUAAGCCAUCCAUCCGCUCCUACUGUGAGUCUCUUUUGAUAGUUCACCAUCUGUGCCCCUACCCUUCUGCCCUCGAGUUUCUUCCUCUCUCUCACAAACUUUCUUACGGGAUGAAAUACACUUUAUCGAUAAACAAAGCACCAAAGUGUCAGCCACCACGAGUCGCCGUCACCGUUUGCUAACCCUCCUUUCUUUGCCCGUGUUGUGUUCGGGGGUCAAAUAAUUCAGUGUUCGGAUCAAGUACAAGACGUUUCAUGCUAAAACCGCAAAGAAAUUUUAAAUCAGGCUAACCGGGGCUACUUUAGUGUACAUCGUAGCUUUACGGACAGAUCGGGAAUCAGUGCCCUACUGUACCCUUGUUUCACAUACUGUCUUAAAUCAUUAUACAAAUGCCAAACUAUAACCCAAACUCAAUAUGUCAGAAAACAAAAUUAGUUGGGAUGGUUUGAAAGAAUGUAAUUGCUGUCGCUGAUGAUGCACAACCUGAAGGCCAACGUUAGCAUCGCUUUAUUGGCUGUAGGGAAAAUAUUUGGCAGUGUUAUUCAUCCACAUUUGGGUUCUUUUGUGACACAAUGAAGGUAUAAAACCAUGUCUACCUCUUUCUUCCAAAUUCUAUAUCACGCUUAGCAGCCGAGCAAGCGCGAUAGAGGGGUUAGCAAGCGGGCGGUUGACUGAAGAAAAUCACCGACACACAAAUCAGGUGGAUACGAUUUCUAAUUUCGACAUGGACUGUAUGUGUGUUUAUUGUUAUAUUUACUAAGGGGACAUAGCCACUGUGAUACCAGUGGACAGCUGAAAUAUGGACAGAAGUGUUCUGAAGAGUGACGGACUGACAUUGAUUGUUGUGGUAACUAACCUGUGAGCCUUUUUAUUUAUUCAUUCAUUGAUGUUAUUUAUUUGGAGAACUCACUGUGAAUUCGUCAAAGCCGCAAGACAAACGAAGCGCCUGGUUGCUUAAAUGUGCAGUCUUUGAUUUGUGUCCCAUUCUUUUCGACAAACUUGCCAAAAGCAUCUCGUACACAAAGGAAAUCCUUUUACUGUAUUUUACUAAAAAUUGAGCCAUAAAAAAAAAAAAAAAUGCAGUAAAGCAGUAAAGUAUUUGUCUUAUGGUAAUGCUGGGUGUUAUUUGUUUCUCACUAAAGCUUGUAUCCAGUUCUUUUAUACACUUAGUUGCCGGGGAAUUUGGGGCUGUCUUUACCUUUAUGUUUUCAUUGGUCGAACUACAAUUUAUUAUUGCAAAAACAAGUCAACACUACAAAUCCAAUUUGAAUAAUUUCCUUCUAUCCUGAUUGAUUCAGAAAAAUGUCAAGCAUCAUGCAAUGUUUUCAGGGGAUCAAUGUGUUAUUGUUUAAAGAAUAGAGGGGGGAAAAAGAAAACAUUUCGUAAGUGCUAAAUAAAUAAUUUUAAAUCCCA